AUGGAUUCCAGAAGUAGUAGGGAAUCAAUCACGAGUAGCACCGUUCAGAAUCGGCAGGGGCCUUCACCGCCGGCGACAAAGGCUUCGAUAGAGGCACUGCCAAUUCUUGAAAUUGUACAAGAAGAAAAGAGGACUGAAUGUGCUAUCUGUUUGCUGGAAUUUCAAGUCGGUGGAAAAGCUAAAGAGAUGCCAUGUAAGCAUCGUUAUCACCCGAAUUGUAUUGAUCCGUGGUUGCGGGUACAUGGAUCGUGUCCAGUUUGUAGGUAUAAGAUGCCUGUAGAGAGACCGAAAUUAGUUGACCGUAGGACUGAUCGGUAUUCUUUUGAAUCUGACUGGGAGACCAGAGAAAUGGAAAUUGACAGCUUCUUUUCUGAUUAUAAUUAA